CUUUCUUUUUUCUUUUUCCUUUUUCCUUCUUCUUCUUCCUCUUCUCUCUCCCUCUCUCCUCAUAUCCCGUCAUGAAGAAGUGGAGGGCGACGGCAUGCCGCUGAGGAGUACAGGCUGCCUAAAGUGUCGCCAGCGGAAAAUCCGAUGUGACGAGGAACGGCCAGGUUGCAAAAGGUGCAGAAUCCAUGGCGUGGUGUGUCCCGGAUUCAAGACCGCCCGAAAAGGCGAUAUCGAAUUCGAGGAUCAGACAGACCAAACGGUUCAACGACUGCAGAUUGACGCCCAUGCUGCGCUGAAGGGACGGCGGAAGCCCGUUCGGUGGACGAGUUCAGAAGCGUCCACUCCAGAGGAGAAGCUGACGACGACAUUCACCUGGGCUGGCUUCGAUCUAGGCGCACAACAGCCAUUGCAUCGAACGGGCACGCCACCUGUCGCGCCUGUGAAUGUGGCACCAACCACGCCGAUAUGGUCGAUUCACUCGCCGGCAGCAAUGCGAGCGCAAUUGCACGGCAUGUUCCUCCAAUUAUACGUACCGCAAGACAUCCCCACUCACGGUCCCGGGCUGUGGUCGUCCAACAAGAGAUUUCUCCAUAGUUUGAUGGAACUUCCGUCGUCUGGCAGGGCCUCCUUAUCGCACGCAUUGGAUGCUUUGACUCUUGUCCAAAUAGGCUCGACAUACCGUAACCCGCAGCUCCUGAACACAGCCGUGGAAGCGUAUGGGAAGUCCUUACGAGGCUUAAGGAUAGCUUUGUCGAAGCCGGAGAAGCUCAAGGAUGACGCUGUACUGGCCACGACAUGCGUCCUCUCGUCCUGCGAAUUCUACACCCACUUCCGAGUCCAUGGGCACUCGUGGGUCAGCCACCAGCAUGGCACGCAGCGCCUUCUGGAGCAACGUGGGCCGGAAUCGAUUCUGAGCAGUCCAUUGGCUGUGCAUCUCUUCUAUCAGCUCACGACCGGAUCGUUAUUCAUGUCACUAUUAACGCGAAGACGCGAUCCGUAUUCCGCAGCAAAGUGGAGCGCUGUGGAAACAAAAGCCACUGACAUCCACGACGACCUCAGCGAGUCGAACCGGCUUGGACUUCGUCUUCCUGCACUCCUCGAGCGGCACGAUCGUCUCGAUUGGAAUCAUCCAGGAUGCUUGGCAAGCCUCGACCAUCUGCUGUUCGACUGUGAGCAAAUGGAGAUGGAGAUGAAAAGCAACCUCGCAACGGUGCACGCCCGAGAUGCCAUGGAAGAGAAAUCGUGGAUCGCGUUGGUGGAUAUCGAGUACUUCCACCCAUUCGCCGACUUGAUCGAGAACCACACCAUGACUAGAGCGUUCCGGUUCCCGAGCUUCCAGACGGGAUACAUCCACAGCUCUCACUGGUUCCGCAUGUUCAUGCUUCGGCAGACGAUCCGGUCUCUAUUCGACAUGCGUCAGCGAUUAGUGCCGGACUGGCUACCCCCUCCGAAGCGCGUCGUCCACGAAAAGGAACUCUUGUUUUACGUACUAAGUCUCUGCCGACUGAACAAUACUUUCGCGCCAACAGACACGGGCGAUGGGUAUCCUGGGUCGAGCACGUUUCCGCACGAGUCUUCAUGA